AGUUUCAAGGCAUGGGAAACAUCCAGCAAAAACAAGGCAGGGAUGAGCGAGACAUAGAAUUAGAAUUAUAUGUGCAAAAUAUAAGUAGAGCCCACAAUGGGCAAGGUAAUCCAGUCUUCACUUGUCAAAUAUGCUUAAAGCCGAUGCAAUCAAACCAGAUAUUCAACAACAAAAACAAGUGUGCACACGCUGUUUGCAAGGACUGCAUAGCCAAAUACAUCCAAGACAAGAUUGACACUAAGGACAAGGUGCCCAACAUUCAAUGCCCUGGCUUGAACUGCAACCAGUUUUUGGACCCUCUCUUUUGCAGGAAAAUAAUCCAAAAACCACGUUGCUUCUUCAUGAACUUCAGAUGUGGGACUUGUUUCUGUGAAGACAACAGCAAUAAACGUGAAGACCUCCGCCGUAAAUGUAUUCAGCAGCAAAAAAGAAUGCAAGACAACAGCAAUAAAUGUAAAGACAACCAGCAUGUCAAUGUAAUUGCUACCGCCGCAGUCUCCGCCGCCGUCUCCGCCGCAUUCAUAUAGCUUCUAUUAGUCAUUAGUGUUAACUCCGCAGUAUGAGUUUUAUUUCUAAGCAAUUAAUAAUUAUUGGCGGAACUAUUACUAAUCACCGGUUUCCUUGUUAUUGGGAUCACCUCCUCAGGAAACUCUAUUACGG